AUGUCUCUGAAAGCAAAAAACGAAGAAGCUCGUUGCCUAGAAUCUGGAGCCCGUGUGCGAGACGAUUCAAUCCGCCUUUACGCAGCACCCAUAGGGGAACUUCGUUUUUCCGCUCCAAAGCCCAUAGGAACCAAAAUCUUCACCGGUCUUGUGAAUGCCACUAAAUUGCCAAACUCUUGCUGGCAGUACAUUCCCGGCUCAUUUGAUAAAGCCAAUCCUGGGGCUCGCGUCUGGUUGAACAAUACUCAGAUGAGCGAGGAUUGCCUUUACCUCAACGUCUGGAAACCGGCCGGUAAACCAACAGCUAAAUUACCCGUUAUGGUAUGGAUAUUUGGUGGUGGCUUCUUCAGUGGGACUUCCACACUGGACGUGUACAAUGGCCUCCAGUUAGCCGCCCGGGAGAAUGUGAUUGUGGUUUCCAUGCAAUACCGCCUGCUUGCCUUUGGGUUUCUCUACCUGGGCCCUGGGUCCAGGGCCGCCAAUGGAAAUAUGGGUCUGUUGGACCAACAGCUGGCGCUGCGGUGGGUGCACGAUAAUAUUGCCAGCUUUGGCGGUGACCCCGACAGUGUAACCAUUUUUGGAGAAUCGGCAGGUGCGGCGAGUGUGGGACUGCAUUACCUGGCGCCCGCAUCAAGACCCCUGUUCUCUCGAAUGAUUAUACAAAGUUCCAGUUGCCUCAAUCGUUGGGCUUUGAUUCCUCCGAGCACUGCACUUGAGAGAAGCAGAGCCGUGAGUCUGUGCUUGUAUGUUACGCAGGUUCUAUGCCUCUUCUCGGACCCAAACAAAGUUAUCGAGUGUCUACGGAGACUGACGCCAAUAGAUAUUGUCCACAGCGUCAGUUACAUCACCGAGGCUCGAAUAAGACGUCGCGAAAAACGACUGAACACCCUUCUGCCCCCGACAGCUGAACAGGGCCACGAUGCACCUUCCCUGUACCUGACCAUCGAAUUUGCCCCAACUGUUGACGGCAUUUUCUUGCCCUAUUGUCCAGAAAAAAUGUUCAGCGACCUGAGCCGAAGGCCCGGCCCGGGGCCACAACUCCUGAUUGGUACUAAUGAAAAAGAAGGCAUGUACUGGUUGUUAUACGGACUCGGUCUGAAGGGGAUCCAGAUGUUGGAAGACAACGGGCAGGUCAAUCUACCUACCAUAAACGAACUACGGCGUACGCACCUUGAUAUCUACCGCCUAUGGACUGCAAAGUUCACCACCCAAAUUAGUCAGUAUGGAUACAGCAGUCCGCUGUUACAAACGCUCUCGGCCUAUAAGUCUCCCUUGCCUACAUUCAAAGUGACGAAUUCAACUCAGUUUAUGGAUCAGAUGGAUCAGAUGUCUGCUGAUAUGGAAUUUGUCUGUGGAACUAUCAAGUUUGCCCAACUGAUAGCCCAGCUGCCGCAGGGGAGGGUGCAAUUUUACCAUUUUGUGCAUAAGACGAAAGAUAACGGCUUUCCCGACUGGACAGGCGCUAUGCAUGGAUACGAAAUAGAAUACGUAUUUGGAAUGCCCUUUUCAAACGAUUUCCGAGAAAACUUUUACAAUUUUACUGAUGAGGAGCGGCAACUGAGUCGCAAGAUUAUGCGGUACUGGGCAAACUUUGCAAGAACAGGGUAUGUAUCCUCUACGAAUUAA